AUGAGCCGUAGAAGAAAAGCGAACCCGACAAAGUUGACCGAAAACGAGAAGAAACUGAUCAAGGAAGUCGAGAAGAGUCAGGACGAGAACGAGGAUAAAAUGAUGGUUCAGCCACACACGCCUACCAUACUCAUCCCGGACCAUGUAAGUCGGGGACCACUUUGCACAGCGCUUUUUGGGUUUAGAGUGACUCUUCAAAGAACAGGAAUAAGCGGUACCAUUUGUGACCGUCUAAUUAGGUAAACACAUCCUUUUAGCUUGUGUGGGAUUCACGCGGAACGCGCGAAUUAACACAAUCCCUAUAAUUAGAGCGUCCUUUACCGCACGUUGCGUAAUCAUUAUUCGGUACCUUCAGCUAGGCGAGAGCGGUCAGACGAUUGGCUCUUUUGUGAAAUGUGUAUCUCUUUUCUCUCAAAUUGAUUUCCUCUCUUUUCUGACUGUAAGCUUCAGCGAAUCGAAUUGAAUCACAAACUGUUUUUAGCGAAGCGCCGUCUUCUGAGCCUACCGUACCCCUAAGCGCCACCCCUUUCGCUUUCUAUGCUCUCGAUAAUCCCAUUAUGUCUGGCUCCUCCUCAUCGCGUAAUCGACGGAGGUAAAAGAAGACAUACGGGACAAAAGCGUCAGAGUCCCGGAGAGUGGCGUGUGGGCGGGGCAAAUAACUAGGCCCCAGGGCUCACAUACACUGUGCUCCAUUCGCAACGCUCCUCAAUGCAUUCAUUGUAGCGAUGAAUUCAUUCGAUGGGUGUUCCACACACCCUCUCAGAUAUCAUAUUUCAUUGCAUAUCUUUCCUGUAAUCCUGACUCCAGAUCUUUCACCUUUCUUCUUGUAUCCUUCUCUUUGAGCCGUCUCGUAGAAUUUACAAAUAUAAUUGUUAUAAUGUAUGAUAAUGAGAAGGUGAUGAAUUGAAUAGCAUUGGAUAGUAGGUCGACUUCCAACCCCUCAGUUAGAUUCAGAAACAUGCACUAAUAUAGGAGGUAUAAACUUGCGAAGAAAGAAUCACAAUUCCGAAGCGGAGAGGGGGAGCUUCAUUCAUAGCCUCUCACCCGCCACAUCCUGCUCUCGUGUCUUCUUCUUCUGAGUGUGAAAGAGUUGUAAGGAGUACUGAAUUUGAUUGUCACAAUAAAUAAUAAUAACAAGAAUUGAGAGAAUAGAAUAGAAGAAACCGCGUCUCGCAUUCUUCUACACAUAUCCGUCGCACAAUUAGCGAAGAAGAAGAAGAUACAGCUCCUUGUGGUCGCAUGCCCCGAGCUGUAUCCAAUUCUUCGGAAGGAGGAGCUGCCUUGCUCGAGCUUGUUUCCUUUUCCUUUUGUCUCAAAUUCCAGUAUUCAUGCGACACGUUUUCAGAUGGACGACACUCCGAAUACGGCCAUAUCCCCGCACGACGCCUCAAUCAAGUCGAGCUCGAGCACAAUCUCCGAUCACACAAGGUAGGUGAUGCGACGCGGCCUGGCUACGUUUUAUCAGCUAUCACAACCAUUUACUUUUGUGUUGAAAAAAAUGUGUGUAGACGCACAGACGCACACACGCAUACAAUUGUUCACCCGAUUAGCAGUUUUGAGAAUCAGGGUCACAGUGAUAACAAAUGUGAAUUGCCGGUUUUCAAAUUUUUACCGCUCACUUUCACAAUCGCAAACAAUGACUGUGCUCACACAUUCUUACCCCGUACUCUACACGUUUAGGUAAGUUGGAAGAAGACUUUUACAGACGCUAUCAGAUUUUAAGCAAAAUGUGCAUUCCAUACUAUUGUUGUAUGUAUUUAUGUGUUUAUGUACAUCAUCCUUCCUGCCAGGAAGAUCUUAUUUUGUUCAAACUGCGAACUGAAAAUAACAACAUGUGGUAUCACUAUAUAGUGUUAUGCUGAUAUCGGUUUGAAUACUGUUUUUGAAUUCCUCUAGUUCUCACACUGACAACUAGCGAACACUUUCACAAUCGAAAUUAGUGGGUAUUGACUAUUCUCUUUCAUUUCACACUUAUAAAACUCUCCCUCGGACGCCGGGAAGAAACAGAUGUUCCGGGGGCCAUUGUGUGCCUCGCCGCCAGGGCAUUGUUCUUGGCGCCAGCGAGCUGACGAAUACAGUGCUUGAUAUACUGCCUCUUUUCUCUUUGUUCCGUCCUCUCCACUUCGUCGCAUUUCAAUGAUUUUCGGCCAUGAUCCAUCCGCCCACAUGUUUGAUGUAAGAUUCCACUGCGCCUAGUUAAACUUGCACAAAAACCUUGUUUCUAUCUGUCGCUUUUAGAAAAGCCUCUUCUCUUCUUUCAAACUAAUUUUAAUUGAAAUUGGCAGCUUGACAACAUUGGCUCACUGUCAGUUCAGGAAAAGUAGAAUAGGGAUGAGUCGGUGACAGCUGAAAUUGCAAUAACAGAAAAGAAGAGUGGGCAGCCAAUAAAGGAUAAAAGGAAGUCCAGUGAGUGAUGAGUGAAAGGAGAUGACCGAUGAGCGCAUGAAAGGGGGAUCCUUUCUUCCGUCAGCACCACUGUAGGCAUAUCUUCUGUUCUCUUCUGAGCGUAUUGCGAAACGAAAGAAAAAGUGACUUUGGGGAGGCACAACGAGCGGUUGGUGUUGUCAUAAUUCUAUAAUGCGGCUACGAUAAUGUGCAUCAGAAAUCUGCUCAAAACCUUUUGCCUCUAAUUUGACUAGUGAGAGAGAGAGAGAGAGAUUUUGCACUAAACCUUCUUUGCGCCUUGUCCGGAUACGUUUCUUGCACUUUACAUCAAGCCCAACUAUUAUAGGAUACCACAAACGAACAACAUACGGAUCGCUUCCAAUCCGUAAAUUACUAUUGUUGUCCUUUUCUGUAAUUUGUUGUCACCAGCUCUCUAAAAUUCGGAGUUUCCGGCUUGCAAGUAAAAUAAUAAUUCCUCUCUACACAAGUGUCACCUAUGACACGGACACUAAUACUGAUAAACCAACUAUUUUUGGUGCGGCAAAUGUCCUUUUGACGCUCCGCUCUCUAUUGAUAAAAAAAUGCACAACGCCACUUUUGAGUGAAGCUACCGAAUCUUUGCCCCAAACAUGUUUGCCUUGUUUUCAGCACGUCAGCGACGACAGGAGUGUCUGAUUUCCCGGAUAUUCUCGCACAAACCGAACACGGCUGCUCUGUUCUAAUUGACGGAAAUCAUUUGAGGUUUGUUGCGCCAAUAAAAAUGUUUGUCGAUUGAAACGCUUGACCAUUCAGGGAAGUUAUCAAUUCGGUGGAUACACAAGACGGGAAGCAAGACCUUUUAUCAGACGUUAUUCGACAGGUAUGACAAUGCCGCUACCUGGCACCGAGCGGCGACUGAUUGAAAUAAAUUUACAGCUUAACACAAUAAAAGAGCGUCUAACCAGUGACGAGAGUCCUACAAAAGACGAUUUGAAGGAGGAUCCAGACGAAAUGAGCCCGGUAAGCCACCCCACGCCGUGUCCGGUGCCAUCACGAGUCUCAUCCUUCCGCCCUUUCUUCCGUAACAUCUACAUUGAUAAGUAAACAUUGUCAAGGGCGUGCCGGCUUGCGUAAUGCGUGCCUAAUCAAGCCUAUUACGCGUUCACUUUUAUCUCGCCGCUCUCGAAAUCUUAGCAUAGCUAGCCACGGGAGACCAGGUCACUCGCUACUUUUCAUAACACCGCUCCAAUGUUUCUAUUCGCAUACUUGCCCAGUUCAACGGUGAGUAGUUAUAGAUAGAAACGGUCGGCAAUUCUUUCAAGUCUUUCUUUUUUCGAGUGUCCAUUUGAUGUGUAACAAUUGAAGCCCCGCCCACACAAGUGACCCGCUUGCAAGCUUUGGCCAAAGUCAGAACCACCUUAGAUCAAAACCAUCUAUAGUUUCGUCUUCUCCUUUCUGUGCUGUCUCAUAUUUUCUAUAUAAUGAUCUUUAAGAUGCUCCACGCUGGUAACUUCGAUUCGGAAGUCCUUCUCCGGCAGCAUGAGCUGAUGCAGCACCAACAACAGCAACAUCACAUGAUGCUUGCCAAUAUGAUCAAAGCAACCUCAUCACUACCUCUUCUUUUCAGUAGUAAGCUCUUCACUCGAAAUAUCUGUUUUAUUCUUGUCAUAUUUAGACACUCUGAAUUACGAUAACCUCCUUAACAAUCCAGUCUUGAAUGCCACUAUUGCCAAUCAUUUGCCGACUCCACUUGCUGCUAACAUUUCUAUUCUACAAAAGAGUCUGAGUGCAAAGUUGGCAGCUGCUGCUGGCGCCAUUCAACAACCGACCGAGAAGGUCGAGACGCCUUUGAAUCUGUCCAAGGACACUCCAUCUCCCACUGCCGUCGUCACAGAGUCUCCGAUUCCUGGUUUCCGUCUCCCGUACUCUUUGGGUACCAACUAUGGAACAGACGGUGAGCAACUGUCAACAACAUCCGCAGCUGUUUUAUCAAUAAUCAUUUUUCAGGACAAUUGUUCAACAAUUGCUCACCAGAUUCCAGUGGCAAGAGUACACCGGGAAACACUUCAGUGACAAGUGAAGUGACGACUCCACGCCCACAAGCGAAAUCGCCAAACCAUAUUAAGCGACCAAUGAACGCUUUCAUGGUGUGGGCUCGCGAUGAGAGGCGUAAGAUUCUUAAGGCUUAUCCGGAUAUGCACAACAGCAACAUUUCAAAGAUUCUUGGUAACGUUGAGAGCGUCACACAACUAGAUAACGUGAUUCUAUUUCAGGAUCUCGUUGGAAAGGAAUGAGCAAUUCGGAGAAGCAGCCGUACUAUGAAGAGCAGUCACGGUUGAGCAAGUUGCACAUGGAGCAACACCCUGACUAUCGGUACCGUCCGCGUCCGAAAAGAACUUGUGUGAUUGACGGGAAGAAGGUCCGAGUAAAUGAGUACAAGACUAUCAUGAAAACUAAGAAGGAGAUGAUGUGGGGAGACGAGUCUGCUUUUUCGACACCGACGGUAAAAGCGUUCUAUGUCGCUGGAAAACAAUUCAAUCUUUCAGAUUGACUUGGCUCAUGUCAGUCUUCUGAACGACCUCACCCAGCACCACCAUCAAUCUCACCUUCUUCAGACUGCUGAAUAA